UUUUUUCAGUUUAAUAAGAAGUCUGUUCACCAACAGAAGGAAAUCCCGUCCUUUCAUUGGAGAUCCAACAAUCAGAAAACCCGACAGAUUCAUCUUUGCAAUCAAAUGUUAAAUCCAGUGUUUUGGAACAUGGGUGGUAAUUAUGGGCUAGCGGUCUUGGUGGGCGUGGCCAUACUUCUGGAGGCUGUCCAAUGUCAAGUGAACUGCAAAGGAGCAAAUGGUGAACGAGGAGUGAACGGCGCGCCGGGCAGGAAUGGGUUGCUUGGAAUGAAGGGAGAGAAAGGAGAGCCAGCUGUGAUGAUUCAAGGUCCAGUGGAUACAGCCAGCCUACUGAGGCAGAAAGGGGAGUUGGGAAAUCGAGGCACGCAAGGACCCCAGGGCCCAAAAGGUUUCCGUGGAGAUUUGGGGAAAGAGGGUGAGGAUGGCCCCCCAGGUCCUCCUGGCCCAGACGGCAGGUUGUCCCAAGCAAGACACACCUCUCAGCAGGAGUCCCGUUCGGCCUUCUCAGUGAUCAGAACCGACCGCAAUUAUCCUGCCUUCAGCCAGAAAAUAACCUACCAAAAAGUUGUGGUCAACACAAAUGGUGAUCUUGACACACGCACUGGUGUCUUCACCUGCAGAGUACAGGGUACCUAUUACUUCAACUUCCACUCUGUGGCCAAGGUCAGCAUGUGCCUGAAAAUAGUCUAUGAUGGACCAGGAGGAACCCUGGGAUUCUGUGAUUUUAACAGAUCAAACAGGCAAUCUGAGCAGGUUGGUUUCAGGUCCAGUGAGAAACAUGGAGGGAAAACAUUUGAUCAAACAACCACACAAAUAUCUGUUUGUCUAAAAGAAAUCAUCCUCUAAUAAUAUCCCUGUA